CCAAAGCUCUCACGCUUCAUCUUCUUGAAUCCAACAAUUUAAUUUAUGACCUCCUCGAGCCUCACUCCUACCUCUUGCUCGCAACGAUGACCCGGCAGCAAUUUAACCUUCAUCCCCCAUCUCCACAAUGACCCGACCCCACCGCUGGCCCAUCUUUCGUCUCCGCAUAACGCGACUCUUGGCCCUCUUCCUCCUCAUCUGCCUCUUCAUCUACCAAUUCGACCACCAAGCCACCCUUCCCCACGAAGUGACAUCUGUCGAGAACGACCUUGCAGCUUCCCAUCCUCCCGAUCCCGCGAAUCAUGGAUUUCUGCCCUUAGCAGACGCGAAACUGCUAUGCAGGAGACAACACUGGAGGCCUUGGCCUAGACGAGAUGGCAGGAGGAAAGUCUACGAUCUGUUCAUGUUGAACGAUGAACUGGAUAUGCUGGAGAUCCGUCUCUCGACUCUCUACGACUAUGUCGAUUAUUUUAUUAUCGUCGAAAGCCUAGUAACGUUUACGAACCACGAAAAGCCAUUGGUAUUGAAGGACAACUGGGCCAGGAUAGAGAAAUGGAGCGACAAGGUUAUCCACCACGUUCUUGAGAACCCACCGAUUGGGGCCCCGAGAGCUUGGGAUUACGAGGAUUCGCAGCGGAACGCGAUGUUCUCGCAGGUGUUUCCGAAGCUGGUGGGGGACGUGGAGAAGGAAGCUAAGAUGGGAGAUGUGAUUAUUGUUUCGGAUGUGGAUGAGAUUUUACGGCCUGCUACGGUUAUGUUGUUACGGGAAUGCCAGACGAGUAGGAGGAUGACUUUGCGGAGUCAGUUCUUCUAUUAUUCGUUCCAGUGGAGACAUGUUGGGCCGCAAUGGCCCCAUGGUCAAGCUACGACGUUUGGUGGAUAUGGGAAAGACCAGACGAUUCUCCCAGCGGAUUUGAGAAAUGGAGAAGGUGGGAAUAGACUCGCGUGGUGGUGGGAGAAGGACGAGCUGUGGAACGCGGGGUGGCAUUGUAGUACCUGUUUCAGGACUGUUGAAGAAGUUUUGAGGAAGAUGGACAGUUUCUCGCAUGUGUCUAUGAAUCAAGAGCAGUUUAGAGUGCCGGUGAGGAUUGUGGAUAGAGUGAGGAAGGGAAUGGAUAUAUGGGAUAGAGAAGUGGAUAAGUUUGAGAGGGUACAGUCGAAUGAGGAUGUUCCUGAGGUCUUGAAGAAGGAUAGGGCCAGGUGGAAUUAUAUGCUAGAUCGAGACGCUGGCAAUGCCGGUUUUGAAGAUUUCGACGCGGAUUAUAUUCCUGGGGAUUGAGGUAUGGACAAGAUGUUUGUGAUGUUGUACACAUCAGCUAAAAUGCAAAGGGUAAAGUCAGCACCUGCGGCCGGAGUUGUUUGGACAUCAGAUGAGGAGAGUCAGAACAGCAUUGGCGUUCUUGUUUGUGAAAUGAAUGAUACCCCCGAGACAUACCGGAUCUAUAUCCAACAUACAACU